GUUUAUACUCUGCGAAAAAUAGCCAUAUUUCAAUUUCGCAUUAUCGAACUUCUUCAAAGGAUAUUUCAGAUUGUAAACAGGGGCGCACUGACAUCUGUCGGAAGCCAUGCCAGUCGUGAACGCCUUCUCAGAUAGCGCAGCCACGACGGUCCCUCACCCCGCUACUUUCCAUUCGCGCAGUUCUGCAGUCGUCUGGGGUUUCCGUUCUACUGCAGGCAUUUCGGCUGAACACACGUGUCUCCGGCGGGGCUGCAAAGAAGAAAAUUUUCUCGCUCCAUAAGUAAGGGCUAGCUCAUUUCUGCCACCGGGUCCAACUGCAAUAAGCCAGUGAGUUCCAGACGACUGCUUAUCCGGUUGCAAGUGACGGGCAACGACAGCUGAACUGAAAGUAGAGUCUUCUUUUGGGAAUUCUGCGGCGGCGGAGCGCCUGAUCCGGCAACGCGAGCAACGAACAUAGUUUUAGAAAACAGAUGACAGCGCUGAUCUCCUGUCAGCUGUCACUGGAGUAAAUGCCGCCGCGGGUGAAUUGCCUUCUUUCAGGAAACGCAUGAAGGGCUGUCCCGUGUUUUAUAAAGUGGAUCUCAUGGCACAGAGGUAAUCUGCGUCCACCGAUGAAAGCGGUCUUGUGUGUAGUAUGGGAGCGCUAUGUUGUCCAGAAAGGGACUUAUUCCUGAAGAUUAUGUGCUGACACGUUUGGCGGAGAAUGUUCUGCAACCCAAGUACAAAACCAAACAGAGAAAAGCUCGCUUCGUGGCCAAAAACGGGACCUGCAAUGUGGCCCAUACGAACAUUAGAGAGCAAGGACGUUUUCUGCAAGAUGUAUUCACCACCCUCGUCGAUUUAAAAUGGGUUCACACGCUUAUAAUAUUUACGAUGUCUUUUCUAUGCAGUUGGUUGCUGUUUGGUAUGGUAUGGUGGCUUGUAGCUUUCGCGCACGGGGACCUGGACCAGAAAGGAGACGACUUUGUCCCGUGCGUAACGAGCAUUCACUCCUUCUCCUCGGCGUUUUUGUUUUCAAUCGAGGUACAAGUGACUAUCGGUUUCGGCGGGCGCAUGAUUACAGAGGAGUGUAUCUCCGCCAUCAUCAUACUGAUCAUUCAGAACAUCGUCGGUCUGGUCAUCAACGCAAUCAUGCUGGGCUGCAUCUUCAUGAAGACAGCUCAGGCAAACCGCCGCGCAGAGACGCUUAUUUUCAGUAAGUACGCAGUCAUCGCCGUCAGAAAUGGCAAACUGUGUUUCAUGAUCCGCAUUGGGGACCUUCGGAAGAGCAUGAUUAUCAGCGCGACGGUCAGAAUGCAGGUGGUGAGGAGGACGACUACGCACGAGGGGGAGGUGAUGCCCCUCGACCAAAUAGACAUUCAGAUGGACAAUCCAGUUGGGACGAAUGGCAUCUUUCUAGUGUCCCCUCUCAUCAUAUGUCACGUCAUUGACAAAAACAGCCCUCUUUACGAGCUGUCCGCCGAUGACUUGCAGCACGAAGACAUAGAAAUUAUUGUUGUGUUGGAGGGGGUGGUCGAAACUACUGGCAUCACUACACAGGCCCGAACGUCUUACCUGUCGGAAGAGAUACUGUGGGGGCAUCGUUUUGUUUCCACUGUUUCCGAAGAGGAGGGAAUGUACGCCGUGGAUUACUCCAAAUUCGGCAACACGGUGAAAGUGCCAACUCCAAGUUGUAGCGCUAAGAAACUGGAUGAGGAUGGUGGUUUGGCGCGAUUCAAACUUCAAGACUCCUCGCCGAGCGGGUCGGUGAGAAGACGGCACCCUUCUUUACGCAUAAAGCAGCUCAGCACAUGUCAGUGA